UACAGGCGCUGCUGGAACUCCGAUGAGUAGAGGUAAUGUUGUGGUUGUCCAUGCCGCCGCCGAAGCUCCUCCGUUUGUCCUCUUGCACGAAAGGCCGCCUGUUGUGAGAGCUUCCCACGCAUGGAGUUAAGCUCGGACCCUGCGCUGGCAACACUGGAGAUGUCGCAGAUCCACGGAGAAGACGGGGAGCCUUUCAAUGAUAACAGCGAUGGGGACUACGAGAGCUUGCCGCCUCAUGUCUCCGUGACGACCCACAUGACAGCCGGAGCUGUGGCAGGCAUACUGGAGCACACCGUGAUGUACCCCGUGGACUCUGUCAAGACACGGAUGCAGAGCCUGCAGCCGGACCCCAACGCCCAGUACAAGGGUGUUUAUGAAGCCCUCAAAAGGAUCAUCAAGACGGAGGGAAUCUUCAGACCCCUGAGGGGCCUCAACAUCACUAUGAUGGGAGCUGGGCCUGCACAUGCACUCUACUUUGCCUGCUAUGAGCGUGUGAAGCAUUCGCUGAGUGACAUCAUUCAGAGCGGAGGCAACAGCCACAUAGCCAACGGCGUUGCAGGGAGUGUGGCCACCGUCCUGCAUGAUGGCAUCAUGAAUCCAGCUGAAGUUGUAAAACAGAGGAUGCAGAUGUACAACUCUCCCUAUCGAGGACUUUGGGACUGUGUUCGGACAGUGACGCACACUGAAGGCGUUGGCGCGUUCUACCGCAGCUACAGCACUCAGCUGACCAUGAACAUCCCCUUCCAAGCAGUCCACUUCAUCACCUAUGAACUGAUGCAGGAGCAGCUGAACCCUCACAGGCACUACAACCCGGGGAGCCACAUCGUGUCCGGCGCUGUGGCGGGGGCGGUUUCAGCAGCGGUAACCACUCCACUAGACGUUUGUAAAACGCUGCUAAACACACAAGAGAAUGUAGCGCUGACCUCUGUGAACAUCAGCGGCCACCUGUCGGGAAUGGCCAAUGCUUUCAGGACGGUGUACAGACUCGGAGGUCUGGCUGCUUUCUUCAAAGGGGUCCAAGCGCGGGUUAUAUACCAGAUGCCCUCUACCGCCAUCGCCUGGUCGGUGUAUGAGUUCUUCAAGUACUUCCUGACAAAGCAGAAGCUGGAACAAGAGGCGGCAUCUGGGCAGCUGUAACGAGUGCUUCUCUGAAAUGAUGAAACUCUCCAGCCCAAAGGUCAGAAGCAGUGAGGAAGAAACUGAACCAUGUCACCAGAUGGAGGUGUGGCGUUUAAUGCCCCUCGUUGUCUUUUCAUCAUCGGGGUUUGUGUCUAUUGUUUUAACUCCAGCAACGGCUGCAUAACCUUUUUAAACAACAAGAAUAAUUAUUCUGAAAUAGACCGUUUGAGCCACAACUCUGUUCCCUGAUGUCUCCAUGUGGUGAACACAUGAUGAAGUGGUCUGAAACUGUUUGUUUUCUGUACUAUUGGAACUUUUUAUUUAUUUUUUUUUUGUACUUCCUCUAGCUUGGUGUUUCUGGAUGUGGAGGAAAACGCAUUCCUGUUUAUUUUGCGGUGUGUUUAUAAAAACGUAUUUCAACAUUCUGUAUUCCCAGCACUCUGCGGAAAAGACAGAAAUGUUUUAUACAAGUGCCUCAUGAAUAUCAAACACUGCUCCGUUAACUUUUUUUUAAUUUCUAAUUCCACAUCUUUGUUCUUUUACUUAGAAAUAUUUGGUUUGUUUUGGGUCCAAGAUGUAUUAAAACACGCACAGUUCUGCCUUUCUUUUUGAGGUAUAUGGGCAAUUAAUGGACCACUUACAGGCGCAUCCCAGUAAAUUAGAACAUCAU